AUGUCGACCGAAGAAUUCAUACGCAUCACUGUUUUUGCGAACCGCAAUGCUAAACUUUCUGAAGAUGAGUUCAACGACCAUUGGGCGAACAAACAUGGUCCUCUCAUCACAUCAUGGCUGCAGCGUCACGGCAUCAUCAAAUACGUUCAAGUUAGCUUGCCCAUCUCCUCUCCCUACUUGCGCAGUCCCUCAUACAAAGCGCGCCUAAGCAUGCCUACUCUUUCGUACGACGGCAUGGCGGACUUCUGGGUGCGGAAGUACGAAGAUUUCGAAAAGGCUUACGAAGAUCCUUUUUACUUGGAGGUAGUGAAGAAAGAUGAAGAGUACCUGUUCGAUACUGAGAGUCUGCGUGUUACGGCUGGUGUGGAUAUCUGCGUUAUCGAAGGUGGAAAGGUAGUGCAAGAGCACGUCCAUAAAUUCUAA